GCGGUGGUUACUAUGGCGGAGUCGGCCGGAGCCUCCUCCUUUUUACCCCUUGUGGUCCUCCUGUUCGCGGGCAGCGGCGGGUCCGGGCCCCGGGGAAUCCAGGCUCUGCUGUGUGCUUGCACCAGCUGCCUACAGGCCAACUACACCUGUGAAACAGAUGGGGCCUGCAUGGUUUCCAUUUUCAACUUGGACGGGAUGGAGCACCAUGUGCGCACCUGCAUCCCCAAAGCAGAGCUGGUUCCCGCUGGGAAGCCCUUCUACUGCCUGAGCUCCGAGGACCUGCGUAACACCCACUGCUGUUACACUGACUUCUGCAACAAGAUCGACCUCAGGGUGCCCAGUGGUCACCUCAAGGAACCUGAGCACCCUUCCAUGUGGGGCCCCGUGGAGCUGGUAGGCAUCAUCGCCGGCCCGGUGUUCCUCCUGUUCCUUAUCAUCAUCAUCGUCUUCCUUGUCAUUAACUACCACCAGCGCGUCUACCACAACCGCCAGAGGCUGGACAUGGAAGACCCCUCGUGCGAAAUGUGUCUCUCCAAAGACAAGACGCUCCAGGAUCUCGUCUAUGAUCUCUCCACGUCAGGGUCCGGCUCAGGGCUACCCCUUUUCGUCCAGCGCACGGUGGCCCGAACCAUCGUUUUACAGGAGAUUAUUGGCAAGGGCCGGUUUGGGGAAGUAUGGCGCGGCCGCUGGAGGGGUGGUGAUGUGGCUGUGAAAAUUUUCUCUUCUCGUGAAGAACGUUCUUGGUUCCGGGAAGCAGAGAUUUAUCAGACAGUCAUGCUGCGCCAUGAAAACAUCCUUGGAUUUAUUGCCGCUGACAAUAAAGAUAAUGGCACCUGGACACAGCUGUGGCUUGUUUCUGAUUAUCAUGAGCAUGGCUCCCUGUUUGAUUACCUUAACCGGUACACAGUGACCAUCGAGGGGAUGAUUAAGCUGGCUCUGUCUGCUGCCAGUGGGCUGGCACACCUGCACAUGGAGAUCGUGGGGACACAAGGGAAACCUGGAAUUGCUCAUCGAGACUUGAAGUCAAAGAAUAUCCUGGUGAAGAAAAACGGCAUGUGUGCCAUCGCAGACCUUGGCCUGGCUGUCCGUCAUGAUGCAGUCACCGACACCAUUGACAUUGCCCCAAAUCAGAGGGUGGGAACCAAACGAUACAUGGCCCCUGAGGUACUUGAUGAAACCAUUAACAUGAAACACUUUGACUCCUUUAAAUGUGCUGAUAUCUACGCCCUCGGGCUUGUAUAUUGGGAGAUUGCUCGAAGAUGCAAUUCUGGAGGAGUCCAUGAAGAAUAUCAGCUGCCGUAUUAUGACCUGGUGCCCUCUGACCCUUCCAUUGAGGAAAUGCGAAAGGUCGUAUGUGACCAGAAGCUACGGCCCAACAUCCCCAACUGGUGGCAGAGUUAUGAGGCCUUACGGGUGAUGGGGAAGAUGAUGCGGGAGUGCUGGUAUGCCAAUGGCGCAGCCCGCCUGACCGCCCUGCGCAUUAAGAAGACCCUCUCACAGCUCAGCGUGCAGGAAGAUGUGAAGAUCUAACCUGCGCCCUCCCCCUACACGUAACCCUGGGCAGCGAGAACCACACACGGAGCUGCCAUGCUGAGCAUCAGACGGAGGCCUACCUCUUGUUUCUGCCCAGCCCUCUGUGGCCAGGACCCCUGGCCUGCAAGAGGGACAGAGCCCAGGAGACUCGCUCACUCCCGUGUUGGGUUUGAGACACAGACAACUUUUCUGUUUACCUCCUAAUGGCAUGGAGACUCUGAGAGCGAAUUGUGUGGAGAACUCAAUGCCAAAACUUGAACUGGUUGUAAUGGGAAGUCCUGCAAAACCCAGGAAUGGUGAAAGGGGCGGCCUAGGAGGGGCCAGAAGGAGCUGAGUUGCUGCCAGUGCUGAGCAGCACUACGGGUUUUCCUUCAGGGACCAACCUACAGCACACUGAGGUGGCCCAGAGGAGCCAGAAGUACAGCCCCUCUCACAGGCAGCUCUGACUCCAGGGCUCCCCUCGACUCCCUCGCACGGCCACCUGCAGGGAUUGCCAGUGGAGACGGAAUCUGCUGCCUGUUUGUCCAGCUGUCCGUGCAUGUGCCGAGGUGCGUUCCCUGUUGUGCCUGGUCCAUGCCACACCCUUCCCCGUGUGUGUGUGUACAUGUGUGUCUGUCGGUGUGCACUUACCUACUUGAGCUUUCUGUGCAUGUGCAGGUCGGGGUGUGGUCGUCAUGCCGUCUCUGCGUGCUGGUGCCUCUGUGUUCAGUGGUGAACAGUAUCUAGUUUCCCUGGUGCCCUUUCCUGGAGGUCUCCCCCUCCCCGCCCCCUUUCCCCAAAGGCCCCCAUGCCCUAGUGGUGCAUCCUUCCUAGAAGGCUGCCCUGCCCACCCGUGUGUCAACACAGCUCUCCUCCAUUUCAGACUGAGGAACUAAAGCUGGCCCAGUUAUCCAAGGCAGGAGAGACUUUGCGGUCAAAAUGUUAGGGAACCGGGUGGGAUGGGCAAGGAAAGAAUCUUGCUGGAAGUCUUGGGUGCUGUGGUCAGUGGCAGCCGUGGGAAAUGAGCCAGCCCAAGGGCAUCAUCCUCAAUAGCAAAAAGGAAGGGCCGAGGAAUUUGAAGUCCAGAUCUUGGGACUCAGAUUGGAAUAUCCCACCGGUCUUUCAGAUCCCAGAUUCUGGAAACAGCAGUGUACAUUCUGGGUGGU